AUGAAACAGAACGUAAGCAGAGUCCUUCGUGUCCUCAAGGUUGCAGAGGUUCUUGGUUUCAGUUCUUGUAUUCAAUCUUGUUUGGAUUACUUAGAAGCUGUGCCAUGGGUUGGAGAAGAAGAAGAAGAGAAAGUGAUCUCAUCGAUUCUCAGAUUGAAAACCGAAGGAGUUGUUGGUGUUGUCACCACUCCUGUGCUCAAAAGAAUUGCUUUCAGUGCUGUUGAUCCACCAAAAGAGACGCUCUCUCGCAUCAUCGAGCUUGUUCUAAGAAGCAAAGAGGAGAAGAGUCGGGAGAUGAAAACUAUCGUCCUGAAGCUUCUCAGGGACAGAAUGGAGCCAAUCGGAGAGACAAGCUGCGGAGGAGUUCUCAGUGACAUGGGCGAACCAAAAGGAGCUUGCUUUGCUACACGAGAAGCUUCCUUCGAUGUCGCGUUACCAUAUAAGCCGUGUAACGUCUCGGCUCGGCUCUUCGUAGGGAUCGGAAGAGGAGAGUUGUUGCUUUCGAAAGACACUCGGCUUUUGCUGUUGACCACGUGGUUGCAACUGUUGUUUAGUGAUUACAAUUGGUUACAGCAUGGUUGCAGAUCGUUCGAUGGGAAGCUUGUAGAGGAAGGGCAUUGGGAGGACGAUACUGACGUUGCCGUUGGAAGAUCAGCAGAGUAUUUUGUUGUCGUGGCUUGGGAGUUUCUUGAACGGAAGAGAUGGUGGGUGUCCAAAUCUUCAGAGAGCUUAUGA